ACAGAUCCAAUCUGCUCUGCUAGGAUUUUAACUUCACACCGAUUGCGAAAUCGUUUGUCUUUGUGAUGGCGAAGUAGCUAGUAACUUUGAAGUCCACUUGCUUAUUAUGAUAUGCUGAGAGUUUUUAUCAGGGCUGCAGCCAUGCGUGUGGAGCUGAGUUUGGGAUUUUUGGUGUUAAUGUGCGUUUUUAAAGAAACGACCCAAUGUUUAAUAAUCAGCGAAGUGAACUGUGACAAUCCCAGAUUGGACACUCAUGAAUUUGUGGAACUGUACAAUGAUGGCACGAAUCCCGCUUCUCUGGAUGGAUACACACUGGUGUUUUACAACGGCAACGGAGACUCAGCCUACCGGGUCAUCGAUCUGAGUGGACAGCACACGGAUCAGAAAGGCUUCUUCUUAGUUGGCUCUUCUGAACUGACUCCCCGUCCCGCCAUCUCUCUUCCGCCCAACUCCGUUCAGAAUGGGCCCGACGCCAUCGCACUCUACGGUCCCAACUGGGACCCGGUUUCUGAAGGGGGACACGUUUCAGGAGUGGGGUUGUUGGACGCGGUGGUGUACACUUCUCGUAAAUCCGCAGACGGCGCCGACGGCCUCGCGUCGGUUCUGACUCCCGGCUCGCUCCCGUACCUGGAGGAUGAGGCGGCUCUGGAGGGGGACGAGUCCAUUCAGCGCUGCUGGCAGUCGGGAAACCUCUGGACGUUUUACACUGGACCCCCCACCCCUAUGUUGGUCAAUCAUUGCCCACCGCCGACCCCUGCGAAUGUUUGGAUCAACGAAGUCGACCUCAGCGAGCCGGACCGGCAGGGUCUCGUGGAACUCAGUGUUGGCAUGGCAAACGGGUUGUUUUCUUUGGUGCUUUAUGAUGUCACCACUGACCUCAUUAGCUCGAGUGUGGAGUUCAGCGCAAAGGAGGCUGGGAUCUUCACCAUACUUGUGAAUACUUCGACUUUGGCAGUGCCACAAAGUGCAGCAUUGGCAUUGUAUAAUGGCCCUGCAUCAAACUUCCCUAAGGACGGCCCCCUCAGCCACGAACAGCCAAUCGAUGCCUUUGUUUACGGUGACUCUGCGCACAUGCCCAGUGAGAACCUCACAGAGACUCUCAUACCCGGGAGAAAACCCUUCAUACUCACAGAAAGUUUUCACACAGGAGGUGUUCAUGCCAGCCGGUGUGGUGUUACCGAAUGGACGCGAGAUCCGGGACUGUUUGCUACGAGGCCCCAGACUCCCAGAAAACCCAAUGACUGCGUUUGGUUUCAGACCUGCCCGCUUAACAUGACCUUUUCUACGGUGGCAGGACGGAGCUAUCCGGCGAUUCAUAGCGAUAUGGAUUUCCUACUUAAUGAGAUCAACACUGACACACCAGGAGCCGAGGACGAGGAGUUUAUAGAGUUGUGGCAUCCGUCUGGCUUCCGCAUGUCGCUGGAUUUCAUCUGGCUGGUGAUGAUCAAUGGACAGAAUGCAGAGGUGUACUAUGAGCUGGAGCUGAAUGGAUAUUUCACAGAUGAUGACGGAUACUUCCUGAUCGGCAGUGCGAAGGUCGGCCCUGACAUCAGAAUCCCAUCGAACACUAUUCAGAACGGCCCAGACGCCAUAGUGUUGUAUCGCAGCAAGUCUCCGCCCUCGCAGGAGAGUCCCAGUGUUCCCAAAAGCGGUUUGCUGGAUGCAGUGGUGUAUCGCACCCGUGGAUCUGAUAGAAGGGUUUCCGAGAUAACGCAGGCGCUGACGCCAGGACAGAUCCCUCUACUGGAGGACGUCAGCGCGUUACCCGGCGACGAGACCCUCACCCGAUGUGGACUCGAGAGACUCAACCUCAAUGCUUUCAGGGUCGCUUCUCCCACACCAAGGAAGCAGAACAACUGUCCCACAAAACCCACUAUACCUCCACCCCCGGAGGGUCUCCUCAUCAAUGAAUUCAACGGACCAAACUGCACAGUAGGCCAAUGUAUAUUUGUGGAGUUGAUAGGCCCACCGUUGACUCCGUUGAAUGGACUUGUUUUAGUAUUUUUUGGGGAAGACGCUCAAGCAGUGAGUGUGCCGCUCAGGGGCAGCACAGGAACAGACGGGCUCUAUCUCAUCGGGAACGUCUCUAACGCAGAUCAGGGUUUGCCGGCGCUGGAUCAGUCAGAACUGGGUGCAGUGCUGUUGUGUUAUGAGCCGUCCGGAUCAGGUGUUUAUGGAAAAAACUCUCACAGUUUGGACCGGCUCAAUUUUACAGCUGACCCGAAGAUACAACACAUUCUCCAGCACAACACAACACGCUUACAACUCAUGCUGUUCAGUUCUCUCUCUCGAUGUGCAUCAGACGGGCCCGUUCUCUGGGUCCCAUCCCAGGAGACUCCAGGCCUCCAGAACCUCUGCCCGAGACCUGCGCUCUCCAGCUCCGUGGAUGUGUGCCUGCAGAGGAAAUCAGGAACAGGGAGUAAGUCUAUGAACACUGGCAUUUGCUCACACUCAUGUCAUUCUAAGUUUGCAGAAUGUAUCAUAGUGUUUAUGUGUUACGGUGUGAUGCUCAAUAAAUGGGUGUUGCAAACGUACCAGCCGGACUUCAUGAAGAGUCCGCUGGUGUAUCAUCCCGGGCACCGCGCGCAAAUCUGGAGGUUCUUCAGCUACAUGUUCAUGCAUGUUGGGUUAGAGCAGCUGGGCUUCAACGCUCUUCUCCAGCUGAUGAUUGGAGUUCCUCUGGAGAUGGUUCAUGGGAUCCUGAGGAUCAGUCUGCUGUAUAUGGCAGGAGUCGUCGCUGGUUCACUGACGGUGUCCAUCACAGAUAUGCGAGCUCCAGUGGUCGGCGGGUCCGGCGGGGUCUAUGCUCUCUGCUCAGCACAUCUCGCCAACGUUGUCAUGAACUGGGCCGGUAUGAAGUGUCCAUACAAGUUGCUGAGAAUGAUUCUUGCACUUGUUUGCAUGAGUUCUGAGGUGGGCCGUGCCGUGUGGUUGCGUUUCUCCCCGCCGCUGCCCUCAUCCGGUCCGCAGCCCAGCUUCAUGGCUCAUCUGUCGGGCGCAGUGGUGGGCAUCAGCAUGGGGCUGCUGAUCUUGCGGAGCUAUGAGGAAUCUCUGCAUAAACAGUGCUCCUGGUGGGUGCUCAUCUUCUCCUUCAUCACCUUCCUCCUCUUCGCCAUCUUCUGGAACAUUUUCGCUUACGAGCUGCUCGGGGUUCAGAUCCCGCCCCCUCCCUGAUGACACACCCCCUGGUGGCUGCAGAAAGCCACGCCCCCUGCCCGACACAGGCCCGACCUCGAUCGACUCCACUCGACCAGCAGCGGAGAAAAAGGGUGUAACAACAUGGAAGGUGUGAAAUGAAAAACGCAUACUCGCAUUCCAUACAGAAGCAGCCAACAUAAACCGCGUGGUAUUUUAAUGAACACUCCAAGGCAGCUCAAGGGUCCGGUGAGCUUAUUUGAACAAACACACACAUAUGCACACACACACGUACACUAGAUUUGUUUUGCUCUCUGAGUGCGAGUUUCAGCCCGAGGCUCGUUCAUGACGCCUUUCUGUAUUGUUUUGAUUUGACAGCCUCAUCUAAGCCUGUUAUGCGUUACAGAUAACAUCCGUAGUAGAUGAAACGGCGAAUUCAAUCCAGGAAUCUCGCUGACUAAAAACAAAGCCUUGCGCUUGAAGACACCGUAAAGUCCUCACUGAGGUAGGGGUUGAUGUUGAUGUCUGUUGUUGGAUAAUUACGGAUAGUAUUCUUUUGCAACAAGCUAAAACUGGUUUCAAAGGGUAAAAAGAGAUGUUUCUCUUCAGCUUUACACACACUUGCAGACGCUACAAGAGGACAGAAAGAUUAUCUCUGUUCCAAAUCUUAGUGAGCUGUCGAUGUAGGGAGCAUGUGCGCCGUCUAAGAUUACCUCUUCUUAACAAAUGUGAACUUGGCAUUCUAUGUCAGAACUUAUUGCAACAAGCUCCCAAAAAAUAAACUGUUCGCACAAUUAAAGCUUUCGGUCAAAAGACCAUCCUCAAUUGCAACAAGCUCCAAAAUGUGUUUUUAAUAUAUAUAUACACACACUACCAUAAUAUUUUCUCUCUUCUGCUCACCAGU